GCGUGUUGUUGCAGCGUCAUCCUGUUUGAAUGAAGUUCAGACUGAGAACUAGCCAACUCUUCAUUCGCGCCCCAGUAGACUGACACGGGAAAAACAAUAUCAGAUACUCCAGGAAAACAAAGACUGCUAACCAUGCCGGUGUUUACAGUCAAUGUGAAAUGGGGCAAAGAGAAGUUUGAUGCAGUAGAGCUCAACACCGAGGAGCCACCCAUGGUGUUCAAGGCUCAACUCUUCGCCCUGACAGGAGUUCAGCCUGACAGACAGAAGGUCAUGGUGAAGGGAGGCACCCUGAAGGAUGACGAGUGGGGAAACAUUAAACUGAAAAAUGGAAUGACUCUGCUGAUGAUGGGCUCUGCAGAAGCCCUGCCUGAGGAGCCGGCGGUUCGGCCAAUGUUUGUAGAGGACAUGACUGAGGAGCAGCUGGCUUCUGCGAUGGAGCUUCCUUGUGGGCUGACAAACUUGGGUAACACCUGCUACAUGAACGCCACAGUGCAGUGUCUACGCUCGGUGCCAGAGCUCAAAACGGCUCUCAGGAGGUAUUCAGGUGCCCUGCGAUCUUCAGGAGCAAAUGCUCCAGCACAAUACAUCACAGCAGCCCUGCGUGAUUUAUAUGAGACUAUGGACAAAACCUCGUCCAGCCUUCCUCCUAUAAUCCUGCUGCAGUUUCUCCACAUGGCCUUUCCACAGUUUGCUGAGAAGGGAGACCAAGGACAGUACUUGCAACAAGAUGCCAAUGAGUGCUGGCUCCAGAUGAUGAGGGUGCUUCAGCAAAAGUUGGAACCACUUGAGCCUGUGACUCCCAUGGAGACUGAGUCAGCAGGUGGAGCUGCCUCUGCGUCUGCAAAGAAGAACUUUAUUGACCAGUAUUUCGGUGUAGAAUUUGAAACUUCCAUGAAAUGCACAGAAUCUGAGGAAGAAGAGCCGAUCAAGGGCAAAGAAAGCCAGCUCCAGCUCAGCUGCUUUAUUAACCAAGAAGUCAAAUACCUUGCAACAGGACUACGACUGAGACUGCAGGAAGAAAUCACAAAAAUGUCUCCAACCUUGGACAGAAAUGCUUUGUAUAUCAAAUCUUCAAAACUUAGCCGUCUCCCUGCCUACUUAACUGUUCAAAUGGUCCGAUUUUUCUACAAGGAGAAGGAGUCUGUGAAUGCAAAAGUUCUAAAGGAUGUCAAGUUCCCCCUCAUGUUGGACGUAUAUGAGCUCCUCACCCCGGAGCUCCAGGAGAAAAUGUUGCCAAUUAGGUCAAAGUUUAAAGAAAUGGAGGACAAGAAGCUGGAGAAACAACAGCAAAAGGUGUUGAAGAAGCCAGAAGCAUCAAAGGAAGUAAAAUAUGAGCCUUUCUCUUUCCCAGAUGACCUUGGUUCCAACAACAGCGGCUACUACGACCUGCAGGCUGUACUGACUCACCAAGGUCGCUCCAGCUCAUCAGGCCACUAUGUGGGAUGGGUCAAGAGGAAAGAAGACGAGUGGAUCAAGUUUGACGACGACAAAGUGAGUGUGGUCUCACCGGAAGACAUCCUGCGGCUGUCUGGAGGCGGAGACUGGCAUAUAGCUUACGUUCUACUGUACGGGCCGCGUCGGCUGGAAAUACUUGAAGAGGAGCAGUAGCUGGAGGGAGGUUUCUUACACCCACAUAUACAGAUUGCCAUUUCCACGCACUGUCUGCAUAGAUGUGCAAUAAAACUGGUGUCUUUAAAGAUUUGAUUUUUUUUUUUUGUUUUGUAACCAACACUUAUGCUUGUAAAACAAAUUUUGUUAAAUAUUCAUCCAUAGUGUGCUUUGAAUAUGGAGAUCUGAUGAAAGGCAAUCUCUGGACUGGAUCCUUUAGAUUUUAAAGUCUGGCUCUACAGUUUCAUUAAAUGUUUUAUACACAAUGUAUAUUUUUAAAGCCUUUCAGAAGGUGACCAUAAGAGCAAAAAUAUUUCUUAUUCAUUUAACCACCAAGCUGUUGUCCUUGACAUUCUGGAUUGAGUUGUCAGAUGCAUAACAGAACUCUUGUUCACCUCUUGGGCCUUUGGGUUCAGUCUCAGGUCUUAAGUGCUUGGCUCGCAUCAUCUCCUGCGAUUGUUCUCAAAAUGUAUUGACAGAUGAGGCCAAAUAUUCAUUAAUGCUGUUUUCAGGGAAGUGGUUUGGGACAGGUUGGCCUCGUGGUGAACCGUGUGGAGGCGUUUGAACCAUGGUUUUUCUCAGUUGGCUUUGGUGACACUGACUUAAGACAAUGUAUGUAAAAUCCAAAAACAUCCACUCUCUGUAAUAAGUUAUUAAUUGAUUGCUGGUGAAAAUAAACCGUUGAACCAAAA